CUUCUCAUAUCAUAUUAGAUUGCUCCCCCGUUUUGCACUAUUCUAUCCUCUUUUUCCCAAAGGCUUCCAGAGAGCGAGAUGGGGAAGAAGGAGCUGCUGGCGUCUGCGCCAUGGAGGGGCGAGGAGACAAGCAACAAGUUCGAGGACGCCAAGCUCCGGGCCACCAACCACCCCGGGGGCACCCCCACCAUGCACGUCCCCCGCAAAAAGAAGUCCGUCUCCUCCCGCGCCAACGAUGACGACGAUGACCCCGAGGCCGAGAUCGACCCCGAGCUUAGAUAUAGCUUCCAGAGGAACUUCCAGUUUCUCCGACGAGUUUUCAGUAUAGACACCAUUGUGAAACCUCUUCCUCCUGCUAUGGCAUAUAAUGUAUCUCGCAACCUGAACUUUUUUGUUCGCAUUUUCACACAGUUUUUUGAUCCAGAGGGAAUUGCGGGAGCACAAAAAUCACUCGGGCUCGGGCAGGAAGAGAAGGCCCGUCGUGUUCGUUGAGUGAUACUUAUAUUAUUUACUAUGUAAACCUUGUCUGUCAUACCGGGCUUGUUACUUACUGAGCUUGUUAAUUUUCUUUGUUCCAAAACUGCGUAAGAGUUCGGUUCAUUUUUUAUGGGUGCUUUUUAAUCAAACGAGGUGUAAAUGGAAUGCAGUUGUCUGGCUAAUGGCAUGUGGCAAUGGAAAUCUAUUUACAAGAAACCUGCCUUAUGACU